AUGCCAUUGACGUCCGACGACCUGACGCAGAUCAUCAAAAACAGACUCCAGGCCACCGAGGUGGAGGUGCAGGACAUGUCUGGCGGCUGCGGCCAGGCGUAUGCGGUGAUCAUCGUGAGCGACAUCUUCCUUGGGAAGAACAAGCUUGCCCGCCACAGAAUGGUCAACUCGGCGCUGAAGGAGGAGAUCAGCCAGAUACACGCCUUCACGCAAAAGGUGUUCACCGUCGCCGAGUGGGACGAACAGAAGAGACUGUUCAACGCCUAG